AUGUCUUCGUUAUACAAUGUACACCCACCACCAGCUCCACAACCAUACAACAAUAGCAAUUUAGUAGCUCAACAGCAACAACAACAACAACAACCCAUAAUUAUAGCAACCACCACUGGCAACAACAGUAGUGCAAGUAAUUAUAUUAUAGAAACAACAUCUUCACCUCAAACAGAUUCACAACAACAAACAUCGACAAACAACAUGUUGGCAUCAUAUUCUUAUGCACCAACGUCAAUUGGAUCGCUUCAAGAGUACCAAAAGAGCGUAUAUGCAAACCAACAACAACCACCUGUUGUCGGACCGACCACUCCUCAAAUGAUGGUUCCAUCUCCUCAAUUCAUCUCUUCACAGCAACAACAACAAUACCAACAGGGGUACUAUUUGAAUGGAGGUGCUGGCGCGCCAUCAGCCCAUACCCCUUCUUCUUCAUCCAACACUGCUGCCGUCAAUACAGGCAGACCUAUUUACAAUGGCGCACAACAACAACAGCCAAAUAUCCACGUUGCAACCAACGUAUCCUAUCAAAAUACAAUGCCAUCUCGCGGUGGACAGCAACAACAAGACAUGAGUGCACCUUCUUCCAACAAUAGUACACCAAUGUUUAAUAGUAUGAAUGGUAGUGGUGGAGUUGGAGCUGGGGGUGGACCAAAGAUGAGCAAUGUGGCGAUGAAUUUCUACAACUUUCUUUAUCAAAGUCCUGCAUUGGUUGAUCGUUUAAAGAUUGUAAAUAGAGGGGAGCCCGUUGCUUCUGAUGGUCUAUAUCUCUUUAACACUAAUAAUAUACCUCAACACCUAAAACAACACAUCCAACAGCGACAGGCACAGCUGAUGCAACAACAACAACAACAGCAACAGCAAGUUGCAUCCUCACCAACUACAGAAGAUGAAGCAAAGGAAUCAUCAACCACCACAACCACCUCCACCACCUCUACAACCACCUCAACCAAAUCAUCUAGAUCAAAGAAAACUAAAGCAGCUGCAGCAGCAGCUGAAAAGGAAAAACCAGCUAAAAAGAAAUCAACAAAGAAAUCAAAAUCAAAGGAAUCAAACAACAACAAUAAUAAUAAUAAUACAGAUGAUAAAACAAAUGUAAAUAAUAAGGAUAAUUCUUCUUCUGCUGCCGCUGCUGCUUCAGCUGCUUUAGUAGUUGUGGUACCAAUACAAACAUCGUCAUUAUCAUCUUCGACACCAUCAUCCAAUACAAAUACACCCAUUUCAUCAAUCAACGUCACUACUAAUCCAAAUGUAUUGAUCCACUCUUCAUCUUCGUCGUCAUCGUCAUCAUCAUCAUCAUCUUCGUCUUCGUCGGGAUCAGAGGAUAAUACUCGUCACCAUCAUUCACUUGUCAAUGCAUCAUCAUAUUCUUCUUUGGUUGUUCCUAUUUGCGAUCCUCAAUCUCAACCAUCAACCAAUACCUCUACUUCUUCUUCUACUGGACAAGAACCAGAAGUCAAAGUAAAUGUGACAAUAACUCCACUGUCACUGAGAUACAACACGUUUGACUAUUCAGUCUCACCUUCGAUGGUUAGUAACACCUCGGCGACAUCGACACCCCAACAUGGAUCUGCUGCACACCAGCACCACCACAACAACAGCAAUAACAGCACUCCACCCGACAACAGUCCACCAACGAUCAACAUCCUACCAACAACAUCGGCACCCAGUGCCAUUGUACCACCUCCACCCAUGUCGACUGCCUCCUCAUCCACAUCGGGUAUGCUAAACAUGGCACACCCAGGUUCAUCAGGAGGAAUCGGAGGAGUUGGAGGAGUUGGUAGUAUCUCUGGUUCAUUCGGACUCGACUCACGAAAGAACAGUUAUCUCUUGGACAUUGAUCGCAAGAAUAGUCUUGGUUUGUCGUACGAGUUGGAUGACACACUCUUUUGUGAACGUAGAAACAGUUUCCAAAAUUUUUCAAAUAUCACUAGAAAGUUGUCCAAGGAAAUUCUUUCAGGUCAACCAUGUAUAAAUAUUAAUUUAGGAAAUCAACAACAACAAAACAACAAUAAUAAUAACAAUAGCAAUGGUGGUUUAUCAAACUCAUCAUCCAAACUUUUAAAUAUUAAUGUCAGUCCAUCACCGAUGGGUGGUAAUCCAUAUAAUAAUCAACAUCAACAACACCAACAACAAUUUAAUAAUCCAUCUUCUUCCUCUUUUAUACCAAUUAAAAAACGUUCACUAUCUCAAGACGAUAUUCAAUUUUUUACUCAACCAACCAAAAUGUCAAAACCAACAACUUCCAAUCCUUAUGAAUAA